CUUAGAAUUUAUUACUACACUAUUUUGCAAAAAGAUCUCAAACGACUUGCAUAAGUAUUUUCUGCUCUAUUGUAAUUUUCACGUGAAUCUUUUAACAAGAAAAACAAUAUGUCUUUAUGGUGGUUAUUGAUAUUAUAUUUUGGUAUAAUUUGUCAAAAAAUUACAAAAGCCCAUCAUCAUUCGAAAGAUUUCAAGGCAAAUGCCUUAAAAGUUGUACACCAAUGGAAAUACUUCGAUUAUAAUUUCGGUAGUAACGAAAGAAGACAAGCUGCAAUUCAAUCUGGCGAAUACAAUUAUAAGAAUAAUUUUCCAAUAGACGUCGAUCGAUGGCAUGAUAAAACUUUUGUCACCAUAAUAAGAAAUAAUGGUGUGCCUUCGUCUUUGAACGUGAUAUCUAGCAAAAUUGGCGAUAAUGGACCACUUCUGGAACCAUAUCCUAAUUGGUCGUGGGCGGAAAAUAAAAAUUGUUCUGGUAUUACGAGCGUUUACAGAGUUGCGAUUGAUGUAUGGGAUAGAUUAUGGGUUUUAGACAAUGGUAUUAGCGGUCAGACAUCUGUGUGCCCUUCGCAAAUUGUCGUCUUUGAUCUGAAAACUUCAAAAUUGUUAAAACAAGUUAAAAUACCGCACAAUAUUGCGAUAAACUCUACUACUGGAAAUAGAAAUCUAGUAACUCCAAUCGUUCAAAGUUUUGAUUAUAAUAAUACCCUGGUAUACAUAGCAGACGUCGAAGGUUAUGCAUUGAUUAUUUAUAACAAUGCCGACGAUUCUUUCCAACGAUUGACUUCGAGCACUUUCGUAUACGAUCCCAGAUAUACCAAUUAUACUAUCAAUGAAGAAAGUUUCACGUUGUACGAUGGAAUUUUGGGUAUGGCACUAAGUCAUAAAACACAAAAUCUUUAUUACAGUGCUAUGUCUUCUCAUAAUUUAAAUUAUGUCAAUACAAAACAAUUUACACAAGGGCAAUUUCAGGCUAAUAAUGUACAAUAUCAAGGAGCCUCAGAUAUCUUAUGGACUCAAGCGAGCGCUAAAGCAAUAUCGAAAACUGGUGCUCUUUUCUUUGGACUCGUGAGUGAUACAGCACUUGGCUGCUGGAACGAGAAUCGGCCACUAAAAAGGAGGAAUAUCGAAAUAGUCGCCAAAAAUAGCGACACUCUUCAAUUCAUCAGUGGUAUAAAAAUUUCCAAGGAAAUAUCUUUAAGUAUUUUUGGAUAUCAAAAUAACGAAUAUAUAUGGGCUCUAAGUAACAAAUAUCAAAAAAUAGCAAAUGGAGAUUUAAAUUUUAAUGAAGUGAAUUUUCGAAUUUUAAAUGCACCUGUAAAUCAAUUAAUAAGUAACACUCGUUGCGAAAAUCGCAAUACAAAUUUUUUCUGAAUUCUCCUUUGAUCUUUCUAUUUUUAAAUUUAUUGUUAAUUCUAUUGUAAUGUCCAAAUUAAAUUAUAUAUUUAUCAAGAUUUCUAGUUAUUGUUCAAAAGUAUGGAAUAAAUAUUAUUAGUAUAA